AUGGCGGGAAAUCGUAUAACUUCUGCUGGACAGGUAUGCCAAUCCGAAUGCGUAAGGUCGUUCCUACAGCAGUCCCCUCGCAGCUGCAUCAUGUGGAGGAAAUGUAGAAAUUAUCUGAAUGCUGUUGAAGGCGGGAGCCGAAAUCAACGCGAAACGCAAUUUCCACAGUGCCCUUCAGAUUGCGUGUUGGAGAGGUUAUGGAGAUAUUUCGAAAAUCCUUAUGGGUAA